GCUUGCAGACAGCUCUUUCAGUGACCUAAAUACUAAAGACCCCUCUGAGGAUCUGAUGGACUUUCCACAGACAACUUUGACUAAAGAUGGUCAGGACUCAGGCAGUACUUCAGAGAAGACACAGGUCACGGGCAGGGAUCUGCCACAUUCUGAAGGUCUUCCUGUGAAUAAUCUGGAUGCUGUGGACCUGGGCUGUUCACCUCCUGACUGUGAUGUUUCCUCUGUAACUGGGGCUCUGAUCCACGUUCCACAGCCAGCCCUGACUGAACUUGAUGCUGAGGAUGUGGCUGGUGCUCCAGUGGUUGCUGAAGACAUGGAUCCAUCUGCAGUAGUGGCUGAGGAGCUUUCAAAGCCAGAACUGGAUAUACAGGACUUGAGAAACCCUAAGCUGCCUUUGCAAGACUUGUCUAGAGGUGAGCUGGGGAUUCAAGACACUGGCAGUACUCUGGAGAAGACACAGGCCAUGAGGAGGGACCUGCCACAGCCUCAAGGUCUUCCUGUGAAUAAUCUGGAUGCUGCGGACCUGGACUGUUCUCCAGCUGCUGAUGGUGACAUUUCUUCAGAGACUGAGGCUCUGAUCCACAUUCCACAGCCAGACCUGACUGAACUUGAUGCUGAGGAUGUGGCUGGUGCUCCAGUCGUUGCUAAAGACAUGGAUCUGUCUCCAGCAGUGGCUCGGGAGCUUUCGGAGCCAGAACUGGAUAUACAGGAUUUGAGAAACCCUAAGCUGCCUUUGCAAGACUUGUCUGGAAGUGAGCUGGGGGUUCAGGGCUCAGGCAGUACUCCAGAGGAGUCACAGGCUGUGGGCAAGGAAAUUCCAUGUUCUCAAGAUCUUCCUGUGAAUAAUCUGGAUGCUGUGGACUUGGACUGUUCUUCAGCUGCAGAUGGUGACUUCUCUGCAAUGACUGAGGCUCCGAUCCACCUUCCACAGCCACAGCUGACUACAAAGGUCCAGGACUCAGGCAGUACUCCAGAGAAGAUACAGGCUGUGGUCAGGGAUCUGCCAUGUUCUCAGGCUUUUCCUGUGGAUGACCUGGAUGCUGUGGGCCUGGGCUGUUCUGCAGUUACUGAUGUGAACUUCUCUGUAGUGACUUUCUUGAAGUGCUCCACAGUUCCAGGUCCGGUUCCAGGGCAGAGCAGCUGCCGCCUGCGGAAGCGUGGAGCUGCUUCGUUUGCAGAGCAGAGCUCUGUGGAGCUCAUGGAGUUCAAUCAGUGCCAGCCCUUCCAAGUGCGCUUCUCCAGGAUUGUCUCCUCUGGGCGCCUCAAGAAUACAAAGCCCAUAUCUCAUCCUUCUCAACCAUCCCCACAAACACGACCCUUCAAAGUCCUCGUGGAGAGAUGCCGCUCCGAGCCCCUGUCCCAGAGCACGCCGACGGGGCUGGACCAGCCAGGAGAACGCAUGCAGCACUUGCUCAAAAGACGUGCUGAGAACGAACAGGCUUCCAAGACCCUGAAGGUGCGCGGGAACUGCAGGAACGGAGGCCGUCGAUGGAACCUCUUCAGGCCUGGAGCUGAGAAGCUAGAGAUCAGUAGGCUGAUCAGUGGUGGUUCUUUUGUAAGUGCUGAGGCAGUAUGGGAUCACGUCACCAUGGCCAACCGGGAGUUGGCGUUUAAAGCAGGAGACGUUAUCAAGGUCUUGGAUGCUUCCAAUAAGGACUGGUGGUGGGGUCAGAUCGAUGAUGAAGAAGGAUGGUUUCCCGCCAGCUUCGUGAGGCUAUGGGUAAACCAAGAAGAUGGUGUGGAGGAGGGAACCAGCGACGUGCAGAAUGGCCACUUGGAUCCAAGCGCCGACUGCCUGUGUCUCGGCAGGACCGUCCAGAACCGGGACCAGAUGAGAGCCAACGUCAUCAAUGAAAUCAUGAGUACGGAGCGCCACUACAUCAAGCACCUCAAGGACAUCUGUGAGGGUUACUUAAAGCAGUGCCGGAAGAGGAGGGAUAUGUUCAGUGAUGAACAGCUAAAAAUCAUUUUUGGCAACAUUGAAGAUAUCUACAGAUUCCAGAUGGGUUUUGUCCGGGACUUGGAGAAACAGUACAACAACGAGGACCCCCAUCUCAGCGAAAUUGGACCGUGUUUCCUUGAACACCAAGAUGGCUUCUGGAUCUAUUCGGAGUACUGUAACAACCAUUUGGAUGCAUGCAUGGAGCUUUCCAAGCUGAUGAAAGACAGCAGGUACCAGCAUUUCUUCGAAGCGUGUCGUCUGUUGCAGCAGAUGAUUGAUAUUGCCUUAGAUGGUUUCCUUCUGACACCAGUGCAGAAGAUCUGCAAGUACCCCCUGCAGCUCGCAGAGCUCCUCAAGUACACUGCACAGGAUCACAGUGACUACAGAUAUGUGGCUGCUGCUCUCGCCGUCAUGAGGAACGUGACUCUGCAGAUCAACGAGCGGAAGCGGAGGCUGGAGAACAUUGACAAGAUAGCUCAGUGGCAGGCCUCCGUUCUGGACUGGGAGGGAGACGAUAUCUUGGACCGCAGCUCAGAGUUGAUCUACACGGGGGAGAUGUCCUGGAUUUACCAGCCUUAUGGACGGAACCAGCAGCGUGUUUUCUUUCUCUUUGAUCACCAGUUGGUUCUCUGCAAGAAGGAUCUGAUAAGAAGAGAUAUUCUGUAUUACAAAGGUCGCAUAGACUUGGAUAAAUAUGAAGUGGUGGAUACAGAAGAUGGGAGAGAUGAUGACUUCAAUGUCAGCAUGAAGAAUGCCUUCAAGCUUCAUAACAAGGAGACUGAGGAAAUGCACUUAUUCUUUACCAAGAAACUGGAGGAUAAGUUACGAUGGAUUAGAGCUUUCAGAGAAGAAAGGAAGAUGGUAAAAGAAGAUGAAAAGAUAGGCUUUGAGAUUUCUGAGAAUCAAAAGCGGCAAGCGGCAAUGACAGUAAAGAAAGUCAGUAAGCAAAAAGGUGUGAGCUACUCCAAGUCGGUUCCUCCAGCCUACCCACCACCCCAGGAUCCAUUAAAUCAGGGACAAUACAUGGUGACAGAUGGCAUAUCCCAGUCCCAGGUCUUCGAGUUCACCGAACCCAGACGCAGCCAGGCACCGUUCUGGCAAAACUUCAGCAGAGAGUGAGAAUGAGACAUCCAUAAUUUUUAUGAGAAGAUGCUUCCUAAAUAUUCAGCACUAGGAAAAACGAAACACCACCGCCACACCAUUAUUUGCAUCAUAAAUCAAGACUCGCUUGAUCUGACAAGGCCACUUGUUGGACUCGCAGCUUCUUUCUUAACUGGAAAGCCAAACCAAACUCGCAUUGCUCCUGCUUGCCGAGGCCGGCGGCAGGCAAAGCACAUGCGGGCCUUUGUUCCAGAGGGAAGAGGGGCUUGGCUCUCAGGCAAUGGCGCGCAAGAAAGCUCUUCCCCUCCAUAAAUUGCCACGGUGCUGCAAGAGAUGGAGCAUUGUCACAAAGAAGAACCAGCACUGGGUCCCACUGUCACUGCCUGCUGUGGCCUCCCCAUAGGGAGCAGGGUCGGGCUGCUCGUGUGCCAGGGAGCAGCGCAGACGCAGAUUUGGGGUGAUUUUGACUGAGCAUCCAAUAGAGACUUUCGUUUCAAUGCCAGACAGGAGGAACCCACUUACCAUUCCAUGUGCAGAAACGAGAGUUGUAACAAACUUACAUGUUUACGGUAUUUCUCUGGCUGAAUCUAUAUAUAUAUAUAAAGAAUAAAAAUACCCUCUUCCCUAGGUAAAUGACAUGCAUUACCCCUUGACCUAGACAAUAGAACAGAGGAUCUAAAUUCAAGCCUUCCGCCUCCCCACCCUCUCCAAAAAGCUCAAACAAGAACCAACCUAGGUGCAUCUAUCAGUUGUAAAUAGAAAAUAAUACAUAGAGAAAUAUAUUUGAAAUCUGUUUCAGUUUCUGGAUGGUCACUGGCCGUCCCCUGCAAUGUUAUUGAUAGUACACUGUGGUGCUUUGGGUUUCUGGUUUUGUUCUCUUUAUGCUCUGUCAUCUUUUCAUUGCAGCUACAUUUCAGGGAACAUGUAUAUUUAGUAGCUAUUGUAAGUUCUGCAUGGCAUCACCAAGCUUAUUUUUCCUUAAGAAGAACAGAAGAGGCUGUAGGAGUUUCAAGGCACUAUUGACGACAGGGACUUGUAGCAGAGAAUUUAACACAAAAAAAAAUAUAUAUAUAAAAAAAAAAGGUUUUUAAAAUUCUAGUUUGAAGCCAAAUACCUGAUAUUUUAGUGCUUUUGGGGUUUUAUCAGUAAGAGCAAAAAAUAUAAAAAAAAAAAAAGAAAAAAAAAAAAGGAUUUUGGUAACGCAGCUGAUCCGCACUUGCCAGUUUUAUUAUUUUGUUUCUAUUGGACUGUUUGACCCUGUCAAACAAGUGUCAAAGUUGUGUGUAUAAAACAAAAGAAAAAGUGUUUAAAGAAGUGUUGUAAAGACACUGAGCCUUAUGAAAAUAUUUAUGGAAUUAAAUAAAAAGAAGUGAAAAGGCA